CACGACACGCCCCGCGCGCGCGCUGAGCCCGAGUUUGUCCGGAGUGGCACUCGUCACUGCGCUAUGGUGACACCAUGCCCACCACGCUCUGUCUUCAUAAAGCAGCUCCGUUUUCCUCCGCGCAGGGUAUCCAGUGCUCUUCACGGUGUCCACGCGCGGCAGGCGGGUAUCGCGAGUUUCCUUUUCGCCAGACGUCCCCCACCACCACCCCACCAUCACCACCACCAACACGCCACAUUUCUCUUUGCGUGCACCGCGCCUCGCUCUUCCAUCUGCGAGUUUUUGGUUUGGUUUUCUUUCAUCAUUGUUUUGCUCUCCUAACCACCCACCCACCUUCCCCCCCCGUUUCAUUUUCGGGAGUCUGAGCUGGCCAGACAAGAGAGAGAGAGGCGCUACCGUGGCUGUGAUGUGCUGGUAGGACGUGGUGCGAGAGGCGUACCGUGGAACGGGAGUUAGUCGCUGAGCUUCUCGGACGGGGGCUACGUACGGUGCGAAAGAAGUUCAACAUUGUCACAUACAAACACACGUGGGUGGGGAGCUUCACCUGCACCGAGCAGCGAGACAGCCGCUCGAUCAUCCGUCCGCGAUGUGGUGGCGUCGCAUGUUGCUCGACCCGGACAACAAAACGUUUUACGAGGUGGUGACGGCCACGGGGGAUGUACGUGGUGCUGGGACGGACGCAAACGUGUUCGUGACGCUCUUCGGAGAGAGCGGAAUCUCUCCCAAGCUGCACCUCUCCAGCAAGUCAAAGGAUGCUUUCGAACGCUGCAAAACGGACAUUUUCCGACUGAAAACAAACAACAUCGGACCAUUGAAAAAGAUCCGGAUUGAGCACGACAACACGGGAGCGAGCGCCAGCUGGUACCUGGAGCGCGUCACCGUGACGGACGUGAACCGACCGCACCUGCGCUACUACUUCCCCUGCGGCCAGUGGCUUAGCCGGGUGGAGGGUGAUGGCCUCAUUGUGCGCGACCUCAUGGGCAGCCUGGACCCCACUGACGUUCCCCGCCCGAACAAGUACGUGGUGCGAGUGAAGACCGGCGAUGUCAAGGGCGGUGGCACUGACGCCGAUGUGUUCAUCAACAUCUUUGGGGACCUCGGCGAUACAGGGGAGCGGAGGCUGGACAAUGAGAAGGACAACUUUGAGCGCGGGGUUGAGGACAAGUUCACCAUCGAGUCCCCGGCACUGGGGAUCGUCAAGAAAAUUUCCAUUGGCCACAACAACAAGGGCUCCUCCUCCGGCUGGUUCCUCGAGAAGGUGACGGUGGAGGAUAUCGAUAACGACGAGACGUACGACUUCCCGGUGAACCGCUGGUUCGCUGUUGACGAGGACGAUGGCAAGAUCCAGCGAGACAUCAUAGUGGGUGGCACGGAGGCUACAGGCAUCAUCUACAACAUCUCCAUCACGACGGGGGACGUGCGCGGGGCCGGCACGAACUCUAAGGUGUACAUAAUUCUGCACGGAGCGCAGGGGCUCAAGAACAGCGGGCGCCUCUUCCUGCCGGGCGGUCAGUUCGAGCGCAGCCGCACUGACUGCUUCAGCAGCGAGGUGGCCGCCCUGCUCAGCCCGCUCAGCCGCGUCACCAUCGGCCACGACAACUCUGGAGUCAGCUCGGGCUGGUUCUGCGACAAGGUCGUGGUGUACUGUCCAUUCACGGGCAUUGAGCAGUCGUUCCCUUGCCGCAUGUGGCUGGACGAGGACGAGGGCGAUGGUCUUAUCGAACGAGAGCUGCAUGAGAUGAUCUCCCUCCGCCAGAUCAAGCAGAAGAAGCUGCCCUGGUCCCUGUGGAUCUGGACGAGCGACGUGAAGGGCGCUGGCACGGACGCGCGCGUGUGCCUGCAGGUGUACGGCGAGCACGGCAAGUCGGACGAGAUCCAGCUCGACAAUAACUCCGACAACUUCGAGAGCGGCCUCACCGACAAGUUCAUGAUUGAAUUGCCAGACAUUGGCUUCCUGUUCAAAAUACGGAUCUGGCACGACAGCCGUGCACCUUUUGGGGGCUGGCAUCUGCAAAAGGUGACCCUGCUCAAGUACUUCACCAAGGAGAAGUACUCCUUCAUGUGCGGCCGCUGGCUCGACGCCAACGAGGAAGAUGGCUUCACCGUGCGCGAGCUCUCUGCAGAGGGGGAGAUGGUUGAAGAGCCACAGCCCGUGGUCAAGUACCUGGUGACGAUCCACACGGGGAAACACGGGGGCGGCGGCACGGAUGCCAACGUGUUCGUGUGUCUCUAUGGGGAGCAGGGCGACACGGGCGACCGUAUGCUCUACACCAGCCGCAACAACGUGAACAAGUUUGAGAGAGGAAACGUGGAUGAGUUUGUGAUUGAGUGCGUGACGCUGAAGCGCGUGACACGCGUGCGCAUUGGGCACGAUGGCCGGGGCGGGAGCUCGGGCUGGUUCCUCGACAAGAUCAUGGUGAAAGAGAUGGACGCCGUCAAUGCUGAGGAGGUGGAGUUCCCCUGCAACAGGUGGCUGGAUGACGACGAGGACGAUGGGCAGAUUGUGCGGGAGCUCGUGCCGCUGGGAGAUGCGCAGAUGCUGAAGAAUGUGAGCUACCACAUCCACAUCAAGACGGGCGACAUGCGUGGCGCCAACACGGACUCGCACGUCUUCCUCAAGCUGCACGGCUCGCGAGGUGACACGGGCCGCCUGCCCCUCAAGGUCUCCGACAACGGCCUCGGGGACAAGUUCUCACGGAACCGCGUCGACGUCUUCACCGUGCAGACAGCGGACGUUGGCAAGAUCAACCGCAUCCUCAUAGGACAUGACAACUCGGGGCUUCGCUCGGGCUGGUUCCUCGACAGCGUGGUGCUGGACGUGCCGGUGUCGGGCCUGCGCUACCGCUUCGCGGCGCACCGAUGGCUCUCCAAAAAGGAGGCGGAUGGCAAGACCGAGGCGGAGAUCUAUCCCACUGAGGUGGAGCACAUCGAGAAGUGUAUCAACUACCAGGUGAGCGUGCACACGGGAAACGUGCGGAGCGCGGGCACCAAUGCCAACGUGUUCAUUCAGCUGUACGGCGACAUGGGCAAGACGGAGGUGCACAACCUGAGGAACCGCUCCGACAACUUCGAGAGGGCCUCCAACGACAUCUUCAAGGUGGAGGCGAUGGACGUGGGCAAAGUGGUGAAGCUGCGCGUGGGCCACGACAACUCGGGCAUGGGCAGCGGCUGGUUCCUCGACUCGAUCGUCAUCCGCCGGCUGAGGCAGUCCUCGCCCCACCGCCCCCAACCCGUCGACGCGGAGGAGGACGAGGACGAGGAGGACGACGAGGAGGCGGAGGACGAGGACAGUGAGGAAGUGCAGACGUACACCUUCCCGUGCAAGCGCUGGCUCGCGCGCGACGAGGACGACGGGGAGAUCGUGCGUGAGCUCCUGCCGCAGGAUUGCGCCGAGAUGGAGGAGAAAGUGUACACGGUGUGCGUGUGCACGGGGGACGUGAUGGGAGCCGGCACCGACGCGAACGUCUUCGUCAACGUGUAUGGGCACUUGGGCGACACGGGCGAGCGCCGACUGCGCAAGGCCGAGCGGAGCCUCAACAAGUUUGAGAGGGGACAGAGAGACAUCUUCAAGCUGAAGGCCAUUGACCUGGGCGAGCUGACCAAGCUCCGGAUCCGGCACGAUAACUGCGGCGGCAGCGCCGCCUGGUUCCUCGAUCGCGUUGAAAUCACCGACGAGAACAGCAAGAGCAAGUACUUCUUCCCGUGCCAGCGCUGGUUGGCCAUCGACGAGGAUGACGGGCAGCUGGCACGCGAGCUGGUGCCCGUAGACGAGGUGUUCCUGAACAGGGACACGACGGGUGGCGGCUCGGCCAAAGGGGCCAAUGGCUCGGCAACGACGCUCGGCCUCGAGCAGAAAGCCAAGUCGACCACGUACAACAUCAGGAUUAAGACGGGUGACAAAAGGAACGCUGGCACUGAUGCCAACGUGUUCGCCAUCCUGUACGGGGAGCGGGACGACACAGGCGUGGUGAGCCUCAAGACCUCCAAGUGCCACCGCAACAAGUUUGAGCGCAGGAACGUCGACGAGUUCACCCUGGAGGCGGUGGGGCUCGGCGAGCUGCGGAAAAUCUUCGUCGGACACGACGCGGGAGUCGCAGGUUCGGGAUGGUUCCUGGACUGGGUGGAGAUCGACGCUCCAUCGCUCGGUCAGAAGAUGCAGUUCCCGUGCGGCCGCUGGCUGGACCGCGGCGAGGACGACGGGGCCAUAGAGCGCGUCCUGUACCCCAACUGCCUGCAGACGCUGCACUACACGCCCUUCGUGCCGUAUGAGAUCACGGUGUUCACGAGCGACAUCCGCAACGCCGGCACCAACUCGGACGUGAGCGUGGUGCUGUACGGCCCCAACGGCGUGAGCACGCGCUCCCAGAGCCUGUGCCGCAGCAAGCGAGAGCGCCACAUGUACUUUGAGCGUGGCGCCAAGGACGUCUUCGUGUUGGAGCUGGAGGACGUCGGGGAGACGAUUGAGAAGCUCCGAGUUGGCCACAACAACGUGGGGAUCAACUCGGGCUGGCACCUGGACCGUGUGGAGGUGCGGCGUCUGCUGCCCGAUGGAAAGGGCUCGGAGACGGUGACAUUCCCGUGCGGCCGAUGGUUGGCGCGCUCGGAGGAGGACGGCGAGACGCUGCGCGAGCUCGUGCCGUGCGACGUGGAGCUGGAGCAGCUCCUCGGGGACGGCACACUGUCGCGCGACGAGUACGCCUUCGAGGACCCGCUCGAUUUGCGGACGUACAAGGUGAGUGUACACACGAGCGACGUGCGCGGAGCCGGGACAGACGCCAAUGUCUUCCUCACCAUCUACGGGGACCUGGGAGACACGGGCGAGCGCCGGCUCAGCAAGUCCGAGACCAACACUAACAAGUUUGAGCGAGGACAGGUGGACAGGUUCACGCUGGAAGCCGUGGACCUGGGCACCAUCUGCAAGAUCCGCGUGCGGCACGACAACAGCAUGCUGCACGCGGGCUGGCUGCUGGACCGCGUGGAGGUGCACGACGCGGAGGAUGGUGCGGAGGACUCCAUUGUGUUCCACUGCGAGCGCUGGCUGUCGCGCGAGCGCGAGGACGGCCUCAUCGAGCGCGUGCUCUUCGCGAAGGGCUAUGCGGGCUCUCGCAAUGACGCUGAUGGUUUGGGGGAUGAUGACUCAAAGUCUCACGAGAGCGACAGGAGCGAGGAGGAAGAGGAGACCUCGUGCAAACGUCGCACUCGAAGCUCAGCCGGGAAGAUGUGGGAUCCCAGCAUGAUCCCGUACCACGUGGCGGUCACCACGGGCCCCAACCGUGACAACGGCACGUCGAGCCGCGGCUACGUGAUCAUGCGGGGCGCACGGAAGCAACGCACGCAUCGCCUCUGGCUCGACUCCGCCGACGGGAGGCUGGGCUUCGCGCCCGACCGCGCGCAGAACUACCGCCUGGUGGGGCGCGACGUGGGCAUGCUGCGCAGCGUGGAGCUGGGCCAUGACGGCGUCACCCCGGAGAGCUGCUGGUUCGUGGAGGAGUUCUCGCUGCUCGUGCCCACGCGGGGCCUGCGCUACGUCUUCCAGUGCCGCUGCUGGCUGGCCAAGGACCGCGGUGAUGGCCUCACGGCGCGCGUCUUCAGCGUGCUGGACGCCGAGUGCAUCUCGCUCACGCCCAAGGUGCUCUACGAGGUCGCCGUGGAGACGGCAGACGAGAGCGGUGCAGGCACGGACGCGCAGCUCUUCCUCACCGUGUUUGGAGUGCUGGGCGCCACCGAAGAAAUGUCCCUGGACAAGAAUGGAGACCGGUUCGAGAGGGGCCAGACAGACAUCCUAAUGAUGGAAAUUGAUGACAUCUCCCCGCUGAGGAAGAUCCGCGUGAGGAGCUCAGGAAAAGGCUGCCGGCCGGACUGGAAUCUGCAGAAGAUCGAGAUGAGGAACCUGGCCACGGAGGAGGUGACCUCCUUCCUGCUGGGCGACUGGCUCUCGCGCACGCACGGGGACAAGAAGCUGAUCCGCGAGAUGGCGGCCGUGGUGGACGACGAGCCCAUGAUCGGCCUCUCCACAUACACUGUCACCGUGCGCACCAGCGAUGCCGCAGGUGCCGGCACGGACGCGAACGUGUACAUCAUCCUGUUCGGAGAGCACGGAGACUCGGGCACGAUCUACCUGAAGGAAUCCAACAAUGGCAACAAGUUUGAGCGGGGACGCACCGACGUCUUCUCCUUCGCCGACAUGCUGAGCCUGGGCGAGCUGGUCAAGCUGCGCAUCUGGCACGACAACACAGGAAUCUGCCCGGGCUGGCACCUGGAGUAUGUGGAGGUCCGGGACGAGACCCUGGGCACCACGUUCAAGUUCCACUGCGACCGCUGGCUCGCUGCCAACGAGGACGACCACCAGACGCUGCGCGAGCUCAGCUGCGUCAACGCCAACCGCAAGGCCACAGUCUCUGCCAAGGACGUCCUGACGUUCGAAAUCACAGUUGUGACCGGUGAUAGCGAAGGCGCCGACACAAAGGAAAAUGUGUGGCUCGUCCUGGAAGGGAAGAAGAAGAGAUCAGAAGAGUUCCUCCUGGAAAACUCAUCAAAGGCACGCCGAUUUCAAAGGGGAGCCACGGACAAGUUUGAGUUCGAGUCGGCAGAUGUGGGGGACAUCAUGUCCCUCGUGCUGGGACACUGCCCCCGCAAGAAGUCGUCCAGCCACAGCGAGGCCACGUGGCACGUGCAGCAGAUCGUGCUGCUCAUCGUCGAGACAGGAAACAAGUACAUCUUCCCGUGCGACGCGCAGAUCGAGCUGUCGUCGAACCGCGAAGAGAGUGGCCGCAGCUUCGAGUGCCGACGCAAGAUCGAGAGCUUCGCGAGCCGCACCGGGGGCCUGGCUCCCGUCAAGUACGAGGUGCUGGUGGUGACGGGCGGCGAGAAGGGGUGCGGCACCGACGCCAACGUCUUCAUCGUCGUGUUCGGCUCGCGUGGCGACUCGGGACGCCGCGCGCUCAAGCACAAAUACCGCAACCUGUUCGAGCGCGGCAAGACCUCGCGCUUCAUGCUGGAAGCGCUCGACCUGGGGGAACUCAACAAGGUACGAAUCGAGCACGACAACAGCGGAUUGAGGGCAGGGUGGCUGUUAGACCGAAUCGAGAUCAUAAACACAUCCACACUCAUCCGCACCAUCUUCUUCUGCAACAAAUGGCUCGACCAUAAGAGAGGAGACCGUCAGAUGUGCCGGGAGCUCUUCCCCAUCUACUGAGCAAGCAAGAUGGUCCUUGUGAUAUGGCUCAACUACACAUUGCAACGGCCCUAUAUUCAACACAAUGUGGGUUAACGGUUAUUAAAUGAUAGUCUGCCUUUGUAUCCUGGGUUGUGGUGGCACUGGCCCUUUGAGAAGGCAUGUAACAAUGCACAGGCAGAUAGAAAUGUAUUCAUACACGGAUAAUGCAAUGAAUAAUGCGUGCGAGAAAGUAUUUUUUGCAUUUCAUGAAAACUACAACACAAUAAGAUAUGCCAAUGUAACAUGCAAGCUAAUGAUGUGAAUUAAACUGGA